AUGAGUGCAAGUUCAUCUGGAACAGUGUUGUUGAUCGAUAGGCCAACAUCUCCGUUGAUUGUGGAAUAUGAAAGUAACAUCAUAACAGAACAUACACCAAAUGUUAUUGAAGUAGGCCAAGUCUACAAAGACAAGCAAACAAUUGUCAAUGCAAUGAAGCACUAUUAUGUAAUGAAUAAGUUCCAAUUUAGGGUGAAGAGGUCUAGCGCAAGAAGCUACUGCCUGGUUUGUGUUGGGGACAACUGUACAUGGCAGUUCAAUUCAACCAACAUAAACGAAUCAGAAUUGUUCAAGGUUCAAAAAUUCAACAGCUUGAACACAUGCUCUUUGAUGGACAAUACACACAUACAACGCAAAGCAACUGCCAUGGUAGUUGGCAGCAUGGUGAUGCCAAAAUAUACGGAUCCUAAGACAAUAUACACACCAAAAGACAUACAAAUUGACAUGUUGUCGGAUCAUGGUGUGAACUUAACGUACAUGCCAGCUUGGAGAGCAAAGGAAAAGGCUUUGGAAUUUUUGAGAGGUCACCCUGCUGAUUCCUAUAGUCGCUUGCCAAGUUAUUUGUAUAUUCUGGAGAAGACUUAUCCGAGGACGGUAGUUAAUUUGAAGAAUACUGAAGAUGAUUGUUUCUUGUACGCAUUUGUUGUGCUUGGUACGUCCAUCAAGGGUUGGGAGUAUUGUAGGCCAGUUGUGGUAGUUGAUGGCACCUUCUUGAAGUCGACAUACAGGGGAAUGAUGUUAACAGCCAGCACAAUGGAUGCAACAAGUAGCAUAUUACCAUUGGCAUACGCUGUUGUUGAUUCAGAAAAUGACGCAGCAUGGAAUUGGUUUUUUAAGCAAUUCAAAGAUGCGUAUGGUGAAAAACCAAAUAUGUGUGUUGUUUCGGACCGGAAUGAGAGUAUCUUGAAGGCAACAUCUACUGUUUAUACCGGAAUGCCACAUUAUGCUUGCAUGUGGCAUAUUUGGACAAAUGUAAGGUCAGAGUUUAAGAAGAGUCAUCUAAAGUUAAGCGAAUUGUACUUUGCCACGGCACGAUCAUACACAAUUGAUGAAUUUAAUGAAAGAAUGUCAAAGAUUGAAGAGAUCUACGUGCGUGUUAAAGCAUACCUAUACGAUAUUGGCUAUCACAGAUGGUCUCGGGUACAUGCUACGGUGAACAGAACAUGGACGAUGACGUCAAAUAUUGCAGAGUCAUUGAAUGCGGUGAGGGCUUCAACAGAUCGCAUCCAUACAGUGCUAGACGGUGUGAAGCGCUUUAUUAUUUGCCUUCAAAACAAGAGAUGUAGUUGUGGGCAGUUCCAGCUUGACGAACUUCAUUGUCCACUGCUUUGGCGGCCUUGA